CAGGUAAAUUGAAGAGAUUGACGUAAAGUUGAACAACCGGACAAAAGAAAUUAUCGGGACAAACGAGUUUUUUUCUGCACGAACAUAAAUACAGGAAGCAAAAAGGAGCUACGUAAGGACUGACCGCCGUCGCGAGGGUUUCUCAGUUGCUAUCAAUGGCGAACCACGAUGAGUUGGUCUCGCAAUUCAUAGAAACGACCGGAGUCGAGCCCGAGGAGGCGCAAUUCUAUCUUGAAUUGUCCGGCUGGCAGCUCGAGGUUGCUCUCGACACGUUUUACCAUCCUCUCGCUUUACCUUCUAAUGACCCCACUGAAGGCGCAACGUCGGAAGAGGAUCGUGCCAAUAUUGCUGAGAAGAGUGCGAGAGGCGUGAACCCGUCAGAGAUGGAAGGGAAAUCAUCUAAGGAUAAGGGAAAGCCGAAGGCUAAGUUCGCGGUACUCAGUGAUUUCAAAGAUAGAGAGAGCAGUCCCGAGGAGGAGGAAGGACAGGCGUUCUAUGCCGGCGGUUCGAAACACACUGGACAGCAAAUUCUGGGGCCGGGGAAGAAGAAGGAUAUCGUUAGCGAUAUGUUCAAAUCAUGUCAAAGACAAUCGAUCGCAGAACAAAAACCAAGUGGGCAGCAGAGACCAAACACCUUCAGUGGUACUGGUUACAAGUUAGGUCAAACUAGUUCCGAUACUGAAAUUGUGAACGCUUCCUCGUCUAAUCACCAACAAACGAAUUCUGGACUGAUCACGUUAAAAUUGUGGAAGGAUGGGUUCACUAUCAACGAUUCCGAAUUACGGCUUUACACCGAUCCGGAGAACAGAGAGUUCUUGGAGACUAUAAAACGUGGCGAGAUACCGGCGGAGAUCCGGCAGGAGAUUCAAGGUACCGAGGCGCGCCUCGACAUGGAAGACCACCGUCACGAAACGUACGUUCCUCCGAAAGUCAAAGUGAAAGCCUUCACUGGAAAAGGACAUAUGUUGGGCAGCCCUUCGCCGGCUACGGUUGGCAUGACGAUGCCGACGGAUCUCGCGGACCAAACUGCGAACGAGGCCCAAGCGAAACAAAAGUUAAACUUAGACGAAUCGAAGCCUGUUACAACGUUACAAAUUCGUCUCGCCGACGGUAGCAGUGUUAAAGCUCAAUUUAAUUUAACUCAUACAAUGAACGACCUGAGGCAGUACAUAAUAACUAUGAGACCUCAGUACGCUAUGAGAGAGUUCAGUUUAUUAACGAUGUACCCUACGAAGGAGCUUACAGAGGACAAAACUAUCGAAGAAGCUGGUUUACAGAACACAACAAUAAUUCAACGACUGAAAUAAAAUCUCUUUUCUAGAUUCUUACUAAGCAAUGUAUCGAUUAGACGAUUCUUAAAUAUACAUUGAAAUAUUUGAAAGUAACAAUU